UCCUGUCCACUGCAGCAUUGAUACAUUUCCAUUACUUGCCUUCUCUUCUUUUCAGCAGACUACUAAGCUAAUUGCACUCCAGUUUAGAAGCAAAUAAUUCCAACAGUUCCCUAACAUUGUUGAGUUGUAAAGGCACCGUAUACCAAGAAACAAGUACUGAGGCUGUUAAAGAAUGCGAACAACUGAGGGCAUAUUGUUCAUGUUGCUGCUGAUUAGCCUGCAGUUGGCCAGAAAUCACAGUGAAGAUGCAGUGAAUUCCACAUCUUCAAGAAGCAGUGUAAGCAGCACACCUAUGAGUCCAACUCCAUUUAAUGUGACCUCUGACAGAACUUCUACAGAACGUAGCAAUACCAGUGAUAGUCCAAAUGAUAGUACUAUAACAGAAAGCAAUACUCCAAGCAACAAGACCACCUCAACCCUGACUCCAACAUCAUCUCUUCACACUGUGUUAUUACCAACAACACAUCCGCCAACUUUAACUACAAAAGAUGUAAAGCAUAGAGUAUCCUCUUCGGGAAUGCCUGCAAAUACUUCUAGAAGUUAUGAAGCCACCACUUACUUCAAGUCAUUUGAAACUGAAUCAAACAGUGUCACCACAACCACCCCUAACAUCAGUUUCCCGACCACGGUUUCCCAUAACACAACUCAAGUAGAUGGUUUAACAUUUCGUCCCACUAAAAAUCUAUCAAAUACAACAGCUAUGUUGCUAACCACCAAGAGUAGUGCUGUUACAACUGAAUUAUCAACAAGUGUUCCAACAACAAAUCUGCCUCCCAAAGCAACUGCUGGGUCUACAGAAGCAAGAGAAGCCCCAAAAGAAAGUCAUAGUAAUGGAGGGGUAAUAUUUGGAACAAUUGUAGGAGUAAUGUUAGGAUCUGCACUGAUUGGCCUGGUUGGAUAUUUAAUCUGUGGUAAAAGAAAAUCUGAAUCGUUUGGACAUCAGCGACUUUAUGAUGACACAAGAAAUGAUCCAGUUCUGCGACUAGAUGCUACACCCGAACCUUUCAAUCCAAACUUUGGCGAUCUAUCCUACUACAAUCCAAUGGCAGCCAAUGAGAACCAUGUCCAGAACCACAAAGAAACAUCAUACAAUGCAAUUCCAAUGGAUGACAUGACAUCAUCACAGCCUUCAGCAGAAAUGCAUAAAGCCAGAUCUUAAAAGUUAUAU